AUGCACUAUCAAGCAGGCAUACCUACCACUAUUGCUAACUUGCGUGAGAAACUGCUCAACUUUGGCUUUGAGUGUGUAUACCGACCAGGCAUGAUGAAUAUUAUCCCAGAUGCUUUGUCUCGAGCCUUCCCUGAAGAGCAUUGGACGAACACUGCAUCAGAGACAACGAUAAAGCUCGGUUCGAGGUCAAGACCUCUUAAGAAACAGAAGUUGUUCAUUGCUGCAGUAUCCACUCGCUCUGCCUUCAGAUCAAAGACCGUUCCGUCUGUAGACAAGAGCCUGCAAUCUACUAUGUCAAAUCAGAUUGCCCAUACCUUAGAGAGCGUUGAGGUUGAUCCUGCUGCCUCAUUUGUCUUCUUAGAAGCAAUUCCGGGCAAGGCUGCUACUACUGUCGCCGCUGAACGUGACGUCCGCAAGGUUGAGGAACUACUGCUUAAAUUAAUUGCAGCAAUCUCAGAGAAAGCACGAGCUUCCCAACAACAAGUGAUCUCUGCGUUCAGCAAAGCACAUCGCCUCGUUGAGUUCCCCACCGGCUCUUAUGUCACGUUGAAGGAUCCAGUUGCGAGCACACACCCCUGGAGCCAAACUCCUGCUCCGCUACUCAAUUUUGUCCUCGUUGCUGAUUCUUCCUGCAAGGAGCUCGCCGCCCCUACCUGCAACACCGUCUGCCCUGCCAUUUACCAGCAUGUCUGCGGCAAAGUCCUGUCCGGCGACUUCAAGACCUUUGGUAACUACUGUGAGCUGAAGAACUACAACUGCGAGCACGCCAACGCCCAGGCCACCGUUGUUCCCAACAAUCUCUGCGCGUUUGCUGCCGUUGAAAAGCGCGCCCCUGCCGAUGCUGCUCCCGCCAAGUGCAACGACAUCGUGUGUGCCGCUCUCGAGCAGCCCGUCUACGUCAAGGCCAAAAACGGUUUGAACAAGACCUUUGGUAACGCCAGCGAGCUCAAGAAGUACAACUGCAAGCACCCCGAUGCUGAGUUUGUCGUCAUUGCUGAGUCGACUUGCGAGGUUCUUGCUGCUCCCAAGUGCGACAUCAUGUGUGUCAUGGUAGAGGAUCCCGUCUGUGCCACCUCCAAGGACGGCAAGACUCAAACCUUCAACAAUGCCUGCCUGUUGGACGUCCACAACUGUCAGAACCCCACUGCAACCUUCAAGCUGGUUGCCAGUGCCGCCUGCCCUGCUACCCUCGGUUGCGCUGACGCCUGUCCCGCAGUCUACCAGCCCGUUUGUGCCAAGCUCCAGUCUGGCAAGUCCAAGACCUUUGGCAACCAGUGCGAACUGAGCGCGUUCAAUUGCAUGAACCCCAAGGCUGCCUUCACCUUUGCUUCUGAAGGAGCUUGCUAA